AUAUCGCCCGUCAGGCGGUUAAGUCAUUCGUUAUCAUUCUACCACCAUUCUAUCCACAGGCAAUAUCGCGAGUUUAGCCCAGCACCUGGAUCGAAUACACGCACACACACACACUGUGACGCUUGUCACAGGCGCCUUUCACCGUGCUCACCGUGGUCCAGAUUUGGGACAGUGCAUUCGUACGCAGGCCGUAGGCGCGGACCCUGACCUUCGCGCUGUACCGAUCAGCACACACACGAACAGUUAACGAUCAGUCGGUGUCCGCACAACAUCGGAUCCCAAUUACACUCGAUUUCUCCCCGGUGCCCGAAGUCAUCGCGUUAGGAGCGUUCCCCUGCUAAAGUGUGUUUCCGAAAUGUCCGACAAAAAGCGACCUGUUUACGUGCAGUACGUCCUUGGAGGACUAUCUGGCAUCGGAGCGACAUGUGUCGUGCAGCCGCUGGAUCUGGUGAAAACGCGCAUGCAAAUCUCCGGCAUGGGCGGUGCGGCCAAGGAGUACAACAACACGUUCGACGCGAUCGGCAAGAUCAUGCGGCGUGAGGGCGUGCUGGCGAUGUACAAGGGGCUGAGCGCCGCCAUCAUGCGACAGGCCACCUACACCACGACCCGCCUCGGUGUGUACACGUCGCUCAAUGAUGCCUACAAACAGAAAACCAACAAAACACCGAACCUGCUCGCCUCGAUGGCCAUGGGCAUGACGGCCGGUGCGAUCGGUUCCUUUGUCGGCAAUCCGAGCGAGCUGAUCCUGAUCCGGAUGACGGCCGACGGCCGCUUGCCAGUGGCCGAGCGGCGCAACUACACCGGCUUCUUCAACGCACUGUUCCGGAUUGCCCGGGAAGAAGGUGUCCUGUCGCUAUGGCGCGGUUGCGUACCGACGAUGGGCCGCGCGAUGGUGGUAAAUGCUGCCCAGCUCGCUUCCUACUCGCAAGCCAAGGCGUACCUGGUCAGCUCGCAGCUGCUCCAGGAAGGUAUUGGACUACACUUUACCGCCAGUAUGUUCUCGGGACUGAUCACGACGGCGGCCUCCCUACCAGUCGACAUUGCCAAGACAAGAAUUCAAAACAUGAAGGUUGCGCCGGGUGAAGUGCCGCCAUACAAGAGCACGGUCGACGUCAUCGUGAAGGUAAUCCGGCACGAGGGACUGUUUGCGCUCUGGAAGGGCUUCACCGCCUACUACGGCCGGCUCGGCCCGCACACCGUGCUAACGUUCAUCAUUCUGGAGCAGCUGAACGGGCUGUACAACAAGCACAUGGGCGUGGAGGGCAGCAAAUCGGGCCUGUAAGCGGUCCAACCAUCUUCCUUCCAUCCCUCCCUACCUCUUCCGUUAGGCCACGUGUUCAAUCCCUCUCGUGGCGCGAGAGAGAGAGACAGGGCAGCAGCGAACGCGACAACGCCGGAAACGCACGCCGCUGCUGCUGUGCACGCAUUUCUUUCGAUGGCAAUUUGUAAAUGUUACUUUCCGUUUUUUCCUGCUCUGUAACUUUUUGUUGCUGUAUCAUCAUCCCAACAACACCAGAAAUCGAUAAAAAGCUGAGCUUAAUAGAUAGAGAGAUAAAGGAGACGCCGUAUUACUUCGGAAUUGCCGGUAAAAUAGCACACAGAUUUAAAGGAAGAAGAAAAAAAACCAGCCCCAAAUAACUGUUUCGAAACACACCUGUUUGGUUGCAUGGCAACCUUCAAAUGUUCAGCAUCGCACACAUAUUGCAUAUCCCCCUCACAACGUAACGGGGUUCGUUUUCGUUUGCAAAAAAACCGUUGGCAACCGUCCAAGCAAGCGGGAUGGCGCCAUGCGUCGCGUCUUUCAACUUUCCCUGCUUCGCCGGGCUGUGCUGCUGGCCGACUGCCAGUCAGUCAGUCAGUCAGUUGUGAACUUGAGCCGGCAAAUGAUAGGAUAGCAAUUCGUAAUGCAAUAUUAAAUCGUAGGGUAGCAGCAGUAGCACAAUGCUUUAAGCCGAGAAACACACACUAGGAAGGAAACGAAUUGUGACAAUAUAGUGCGGGAAUAGUGUGUUUUUUUUUUAUAGUAGCAGGUGGAGCAAUUGCCGCAACGUCCUGUAUUCAGGAAGCGUUUGCACCGUGAAGCGGCUGCAGCAUCAGCAGGAGAAUAACCGAAUGUUCGUGUACGUGUAUAUGUAUAAUAUAUAUAUUUUUUCGCCGUUUGUUUUUCGCCCAUGUAGGAACUCUAGAGCCAAGGGUAAUUAUACACACACAACACAAUACAGAAGAAACACAUCGGAAAUAAAACCACAACAACGCAUAGCGAACGAGAA